CGUCACCUGUCAACAUAUCAAGUACCUGUGUAUAAUAAUGUACUAGGUGGCAGGGUGUGUGUGAUAUGUAGUAGUCAUCUUAAUGAUAAUGAUUAAUUUAAAUCAUUAUCAUCUAUAAUAAAAACUUGAAAAAUACCUAUAAAGUUGCCACCGCCAUAGUACAGUUAUCGAAGUGAUAUUAAAACCCAUCUUUAGUAACAAGUUUUUUAUUACAAAAAAUUGUGCAACAUUGUGGGCAGUUAUUAUAUUUUUUUAGCUGGCAAUCCACCAUGGGUGAUGUAGCUAAACAGUUUAUUACACAAUUUCACAACCUUCCAGGCGAAACUAUAAAAGAAAAACAGCAAAAUUUUUACAAAUUGUUACAGCAGCAUCGCACGCUCAAAAACGAGCCAAAGAUAUUAGCAACUAUUGCAGCAAACUUGGUCCCAAACAACCACCUAGAAAAAAUCUUACGAACAGACUUCCUGAUUUACUUUAAAGUCUUUGAUAGCCUUUACAAAGAUUUUAUGAAUGGUGAUGAAAUUACCAUAAAGAAACUAUCCAAACAAGACUGGUUUUUCCAACAGGCGUUCAAAGAAGUUAAUUAUGAAGAAUUCACCAACAGUAUUUUGCCAACCAUUUCUUAUUCCCUGAAACUGAAGAUUUUGAAGAAACUACCUGUGGAAGAGGAGGUUACUGAUCAAUUUUUUGAUGCGGUUUGCAAACGGUAUGGAACUUUUAUUGCCACUGUUUUACUCCCAAAAUGCUCUAGUUUAAAAAUUAAAGAUACCAUUAAGCGUUAUCCAGUUAAGCUAAGUGUGGCUCAGUUAAGGUAUAUUUUUAACAAAAAUCCUGAUUUAAUUUGUGUGUAUGUGGAAGAAAGAACAAAGAUCGAAGGCACUUCUGCUUUCAUAAAUAAUAAUCCAGUUCUCACAUAUAUAGCACAAAAAAAUCCAAAAUUGUUUACUGACUUAUAUGAUAAAUAUAGUUUUUCCACCACUUUGGGUCGUAGAACAACGAAAGGUGUAGUCAGUUCCCAAAAAGACACUGUUGUACAUAAUAAGGAAGACUACUUAAAAAUUUUGAAUAACGGUGUAAUGGUCAGAAAAAUUGGUUCAGAAAUAAAAGAUAUACUUUUUGAGAAACAUCCAAGUACAAACCAACUAUAUUGGAAUUCACUAAUUAGACAUUAUCCUAAACACCAGCAGUUUGAUAUAUUUGAGACAACAUACAACUCCAUGCAUUGCCACAAAUUUGCCGAAGAUAUUAACGCAGUUUCUGAAGAUAUGUUAAAAAUGAUGCCAAAUGCACAAGAAAGAGAAAAAUUAGCCUUAUUGAAAAUGGAACUAGAGUGCGAAAAGGAUUACUUAAAAUAUGUUACGUCAAAUUAUUGCCUAAAAGAAUUAAUGAAUAAAAUAAAUCAUUUAACAACGUCAGAGAGAGCAAAGUAUAUUGAAUUAGCGACAGAAUGUUGUUGUCUGAAUAAAGAUAUGACUUCGCUAGAAAAACUUUGUGAAUUAGUCUGUGUAAGAUGUAAGAAUGAUGAUGCAUCAAUUAGAAGAGAUUUUUUACACAAACUGAGCUGUUAUAAAGGUAUUUUGGAGAUGUUGGAUGAAAAACAUUGGAAAUAUAUUAUAGAGACUAUAGCAACUGAGAAAGCUAAAAACGGAUGGAUCUACGGCGAAAAUGACAUUAUGCUAAACGCUAUAAAGUAUUUAGUAAAGGAUGAUAAAUCUUUAAAAGAGCUAAUGCAAAAAUGUAAAUGUGAUUGGGAUAGUAUUCUUAUGUUUUCUGGAAUUAUGAAUGAUUUUAAGUCAGUUAAACUUUUAUUAAGUGAAUUAUUUGAAACUGAGGUUGUAAAACCAAGUUCUGAUGAUCCAUUACUAGCGGCUUCAUUUGAUUGUGAGCUUGCUUAUUACUGCAAAAUCUACAAUAAGAAAUAUCCAAAUGAUACGAUUUCUAUUUUUGAUAAUUCACGAAUCAUUAAAUCAGUCAAACAAAUGUUAGAAGAUGGAAGUGAUAGAUAUUUGGCAACAUACCAACUCGAAGGCAUACAAUAUAUUGUUUGUCAGCAGAACUCAAGCGAAGAAAUACAGCAACUGAAAAAACUGUACUUUCAGUCUUUUGAAUCAUUUGGUCGGAUAAGAGGAUUGAUUUGGUUUUUGAAGCAUGAACCAAAAACAUUACAAGAAAAUUUUGAUCAUUAUUUAAACAUAUUCUUUAAGGCCCGAGGUCUAAAUCCAUCAAGGUUAUGGAGGCUCGUAAAAAAAUGCACUCAUUUAGAUUUAGAUCGAAGAACGAUUGAAUUUUGCAGACAGAAAUUAACGGAAGAAAAAUUUGAAGAGAAAAAGAAUUUGGUUAGGCCAUUGACAAUUUUAUCAUCUCCAACCUCACAUUUGGAACUUAUCAAAUCAUAUGUACCAACAGUUGACAAAGUUGACUUAACAGAUGACGAUAUCAAACACUUGUAUAAUCUUCAAGGUAAGGUUGUGAGAGUACUUCACUAUUUAAAUUCACCAACAGAAGUCCUAAAAGCCACUUUCGAUUUUUGCAAAGGCGAUUAUUUGCAGUUUGCUUUAUCUCCUUUGUAUAGUUGUAUCUACAAACUACCCGAAAAUGAGACAAAACAGUUUAUCAACAAACUGGACGAAGUUAAAGCUCUCUCGGUGAGGAAACAUGCCAUGAACUUGAGUUGUGUGAUAUAUGAUGUAGAUGACGUAUACAAUUGUUUGAAAAACGCAACAGUGCCAUCGUUAACACCCACAAUAAAAUAUUUUUCAAAAAAUCCUUCAGAGGCCUUAUGGAAAGUGAUAGAAGCUCAAAUUGGUGCCUUAGAGAAAAACGAAUUGCCAAUGUUAAAACUAGCACUUGAUAAAAUAAACGUACCGUUUGAAUACAAAUCCAAAUAUAUCGAGAUAGUAUGGAACGUCUUGGAUAAAUAUGAAAACAACGAACUGAAAAAGCUUCUAUUCCAAAAAAUAAACGAGGCGUCAGUUGAAAAGCUGGACCCUGAAUUGGCUUUAUAACACGUGGUUUAUUCCGUAAAAACUUUAUUCAACAAAACAUAGUAUAUACACUGCAUAGACAUAGACUGGUU